AUGACAUCCUUAAGAGAUAUCAAACAUAGACCAAGAUUUGACCAUUUGAAUUCUCUGAUACCGCUGGUAGAUGAUAAGCAUUUUGGACAACAUUUUAUAAGCGGGAUCUAUGAUUUUCAAACCGUUCCAAAUAACGUGUCAGUGUACUUGAUCUUGAGUAAUUUCGUGAUCAAACACUUGGAAAACACCACAUAUCCAGGGAAUGUGGUGAUAGUAAGUUUGUCAGGGAAUUUCCCCCUCGAUCAUAUACUAGAGAAUAAGAAAUUUCAACAAAAUUGGAUCGAUAAUGGUCAAUUGAAGUACUUAAAAGUUGAUACCGUCACUAAUUUGAUAAUAUUACUCAAUAAUUACAUGAAAUCAGAAGUUGACAAUCAAACGUUAUUUAUUUUCGAUAAUUUCCAUAAUCUUUUAGAUUUUUACAAACUCGAAUUAUCUCAAAUAUAUCAAGAAUCAAUGCUAAGAAAUCAUAUUUUCAACCUUGACACUAUUGAAGCACAAGCUGAAAGACAAGAGAUUGAAGGUCUAAAGCCAGAUAUAGUUGAAAUCCCCGAAAAUUCUCAUUUGAUCAGAGAAAGCCCUUUGACCAAAUUCAAUAAUCAUGUAAGAUUUAUAAUGAACUUAAUGACCAAUGUUUGCUUCAAAUACAAUCUGAUAGCAUUUAUCACAGGGAAACUUGAUUCCAGAUUCGAGGCCUUCAAGCCACGAAUAUCAAUGGAUUCAUCUAAUAUCGAAUCCAGUCAAAGAUCAGGAAGGUCAUUCGACAGUUCACAGAUAACUCCAGAACCUAGAAAACCCAACAAAGGUAGAAUGGUUCUUAAAAGUUCAAAUUCUAACCUUGAUAAACCUAUGGGAUCACAAAUGUCAUUAGAAAACCCCCUUAAUUCGUUUAUCACAGAACGGGCGAUUUUCUUCAAAGACUGGUAUCAUAAAACACUUCACUGCCAGAAGAAUAGUAAGAAAGCCAUCAAAAGAAAGCCAGUUUAUUGGUUAAAAAUAAACAAUGACAUAUUCAAUUUUGAACAUAUCGAUGGAGGGUUCGUAGAUUUAACUCAAUCUCAAGUAUCAUCGUCCUCACAAAUUCCUUCAGAUAUUGGAGUUUCGGCCAUUUCAGACCUAAAUUUGCCAAGUAUAGACGAAAUUCCUUCGGAGAUAUUACCAACAGCCUCGCAAUUACUAAAUGAAGAUAUUCCGUCGUCCCCGACAUUUGCUGCCAGUCAAAUUGUCAGCCUGACUCAGAAAACAGUUCAACUCCCAGAAAAAAACGUCCCCACUAAAUCAGACAACAUCAUAGAAGAAGAUCAAGAAAUAGUCGAGGAUUCCCAAAUCCCCGACUCAUUAUUAUAG